ACAAUAUAUCUACCAAGAGCCGCGUCAUUACAAAACAUUCUCCAUCCACAUUCAGUCGCUGAGCGCAAGAAAGCCGAGCGGUCGCGUUCGAAACGUUUGUGUCAAUCUUGUGUGUUUCUUUCAAAUACCAUGGCAUCAUUCAACUACGGAAACAACCCAUAUCCCGGUCAGCCGGGUCAGAUACCGACAUACCGUCCUGAUGUCGCACCGACACCUACCCAAUUGAGCUACCCAAAUCUACAUCCUCAAAACUGCCCCCAAUACCCUCAACCAGGUUUUGUAUACGGGUAUCCACCUAAUAUGGCCUAUCCGUGCGCAACAGCACCGGCACCGUCCGCUGCGCAAGGGAUGCCCAUUUAUCCGUCCGUUCAUCAUGGUAGUUUUACCGCGGGCACACCGACUGUUCAGGCGUUACAUGAACCAAUUAUCGAAUGGAUUCCCACAACGCCUAGAAACGCGGAAUACCUGAGUAAUCGCGCAGUGGUGGCAGGAUACGAGGGUCACGAUGGAAGCCCCCUGUGGAUAAUAAGAGCACCGUUCAAAGGCGAUCUACUCCCAGGCAAGCUGGCGGUCAAACACCACGCCGCUUACGUCGCUUGGGGAGGCAACGAGAACGCCGUGCAGCAAAUUGAGGUCUGCUGCGCUCGUCCCGAGAAAAUUCGAUGGGUUGAAAGCAGAGACGGCAACGUGCCGCCUCAGGCUAUAGCUGGAGGAAAGACGGCUAGUGGAGAGACACUGUACAUCGGCAGGGCAAGGGAACAAGGAUCACUGACACCUGGGAAGAUUCACCCGAGCCACAAAGUAAUGUACAUGUCGUUUGGAGGUCAGGAAAUACCACACAAGAUUUACGAAGUGUUGUGUGCUGUUUAAUAAUUCUCUAUAUUUUUAAGUUCUAACGUUAAUUUGUGUAUCAUUUUUCGUUUAUAAAAUAGCAGUAUUGAACAUAACAUUCCUUUAUUUGUAUAUUAACGUCUGUCAAUAAUUAUCACUAUACCUAAUUAGUGCAAUAAACAAAAUAGUUGUUGAAUAUAUUUAAAUAUAUUGUUUGUAUAAUUUGUUGAAGUAUAAUGCGAAUUAUAAAGUAUGUUGGAAAUAAUUCUGUCCGGUAUUAUUCAACUAGAACGAAUGUGAUAUUCAAUUUAUUUCAUAUUUUUAGUUUAAUUAGAUUUAUAUUACUAGAGAUAAUGUUAUAAAAUAUAAUGAUCUGUCUCAAAACAAAUAUAAUGUUAAUGAGUGUUAUUUUAUUAAUAGAAGUCUGAUUUUUGUUGGUGGUAGGAUAUAUUUCGAAUCCGCCUGACUUGCGGCCACGGUACAUAAAGUGUUAAACCCCUACAGUGGACCACGCAAUUGUGUAGACUACCAGAAGCAACCUGUGUAUAUCCGGUUCAAACAGGCCGGCAUAAUUGUAUCGACUGGCAGGGGUAUAACGUCUCGUCAGUCGACAUUAAUUAGACAUCACUUCGCUUCACAUCAAGUUCAGUGAAGUUACUUUAUCGCGCCUGUAUAACACAAAAAAGAAGGAUCCCUAUUAUGUGAAAAUAGUAUUGUGGUACCAUUGUUAGGAAUUUUUAUUUUGUACUCAUAAUUGUAAGAAAAUAAAUGUUUAUAUAAGAA